GUCUCUGUCCUGAUGUCUCUGUCCUGGUGUCUCUGUCCUGAUGUCUCUGUCCUGGUGUCUCUGUCCUCUUUCUGUCCUGCAGGGUGAAGUAUUUGUGGACGCCGUCCGUCUGCAUGUUCACGGCGUUCGGCGUGUGUUCUCCUGACCUCUGGAUGACCUUGUUCAAGUGGCUCCGGCUGAAGUCCGUCCAUCCGGUCGUGUUGUCUCUGAUCCUGAGCACGGCGGUUCCGACCAUCAUCGGCUUCAGCUUGUGGAGAGAGUUCUACCCGCGGGUUCUGGCGGAGCUGGCCGACCUGCAGGAGUUCUACGACCCGGACCUGAUGGAGCUGAUCGCCUGGAUCAGGUCUCAGGCUCCAGCUGUGUUCGCCGGCAGCCCUGUUCUACUGGGAACCAUCAAACUGUGUUCUGGUUCCGUCGUCACCAGUUUACCCGUUUACUCCGACUUGGACCUGCUGAGGAGAACCGAAGAUACCUUCCAGGUGUACGCCAUGAUGUCUGCCGAGGACGUCUACAAGCGGCUGGCGGCCCACAGAACCGCCUUCGUCAUCGUGGAGGAGUCCAUCUGCAGCGACGUCCAGCUGAGGACGGGCUGCCGGGUCAAAGACCUGCUGGACGCCGCCAACAGACAGGCGGCCCGGUCCCAGAUGGACUCCUUCUCCAAGCACGGCCGCUUCUGCCAGGAGGUCAAGAUGAACUACUCCCCCUACACCAACUACUUCACCCGGGUGUUCUGGAACCGCUCGUACCACGUCUACAGGGUGAACCCCGUCAUUUCCUUCCAGUACUGACCGCUGGACGGCUCUGGACCGGCUCUGGACUCUGCAGUCCUGGCUGCAGUACUGCUGAUGGCCACCUGGUGGCUGAAGAGGCGCUUCGGUCCUCGCUCAAGUCACAGCUGGUUCUGAUUGUCUGAAGCUCUGAGUCGGUCAGGUUCUGCAGUGGGAAUGUCCUGCACAGACGUGGUUCUGUGCAAAAGUUAUAGGUCAGAAAAAAAAAAAAA